UAUACUUGUCCGUCAGCCUGUAUAUAGAUAGACGUUACCACUUCCGGUGUACUGUGUGUUGUGUAUAAAUACAGAACAUCAACAGAAAUUACCUUAUUCGUUAUUUUGCAAACAUGAGUGGUAGACAACGGGGAUUAAAACGGAAAGCUGCUGAACAGGCAGAAAUUAAAGCUAAACGUGCUAAAGGGGAGACUGAUUUAAGUGACAAUUUAAAAUGGGAUUAUUAUGGUGAGGUUGUGAAAAAUGUAUGCCCUCUUCUGACACUUACUUCCUCAACAUUACCUGGGUGUCAGAAAGCUGCAGGUUUUGACAUCGAUUUUACGGUAAUAAAGACUGCAAGCGGAAGGAAAUUUGCAACAGGAGCAUCCGACUGGGAGUGGUGGGAUGAAAGUGUUCCAGGUAAAUUGAGGGGGCUUCAUAAGGAUGGGUUCAGAGUGAUUUUCUUUACGAAUCAAGCGGGUAUUGAGAAACUAAAGGUUACACCAGAAGAACUGCAGAGAAAAAUUGAAGCAAUUAUAAAGGCAUUGGAUAUACCAGUCUUAGCGUUUGUCUGUACAGGAGAGAACCAGUAUAGAAAACCAAGUACCAUGAUGUGGGAGUAUUGGGAAUCUAAAUGUAACCAAGGAGUUAAGGUUGACCGAUCCAAAUGCUUGUAUGUUGGAGAUGCCGCGGGCAGAGCCAAGGAGUGGGCACCUGGUAAACCCAAGGAUUUCUCAUGUAGUGACAGAAAGUUUGCUGCCAAUCUUGGAGUCAAGUUUCAGACCCCAGAGGAAUUUUUCCUUGGUGAGAGUCCAGCAAAGUUUGCAUGGCAGACCAUAGAUCCAACCACAGUCUUAGGAAAAGUUGCAGCAGAAAAGAAAGAGUACCACAGUAAGUCUCCAGAGAUGGUAAUAAUGGUUGGUGCUCCAGCUACAGGAAAAAGUACCUUCAGGAAACGUUACUUUGAACCUCACGGCUAUAUAGCAGUAAACAGAGAUACCAUGGGAACCAUGCAGAAAUGUGUAAAGGCAGCAACUGAAGCUCUGAAAGCAGGGAAGAGUGUUGUUGCUGACAAUACCAAUCCGACACCGGCAGCCAGGAAGGAAUUUAUUGACUGUGCUAAGAAAUGUGGUGUGCCAUGUCGCUGUUUUGUAAUGGAUACACCAAUUGAACUUGCCCAUCACUUGAAUUAUUUUCGACAAAACCAGACAAAUGGAGGUGUUCGGCGUAUACCAGAUGUUGGCUACAAUGUCUAUAAGAAAAACUUUGGUGCCCCAACAAAAGCUGAGGGAUUUACUGAGAUUAUUCAAAUUCCUUUUGUUCCUAAAUUUGACAGUAAAAAGGAUGAAGAACUAUUCAAACAGUGGACUUGAAAUAUCUAUACUGUCAAAGUUGACCACAAACUUGUUUUAAUGUUGUUCAGAUUUUAAUAUUGUUAUGACCUUCGUGUUUUAUGUUACCAGUACAUUGUUUUUCUCAUAUAAAGUGCAAUUUCAGCAUACAUGGCUCGUGUGAAGUCCGAUUUUGAAAUAUCUAUUUUUAUAAUAUAUUUUUACAAUAACAAAACCAUUUUUACAUAUCAGUGUAUUUCACAGAUUUAUGUACUAGCUAUUUAUUUUGUGCUUCUUAUUCUAACUGUUAUUCAUGAGCCACUUAAAUGAUAGUCCCCUUUUCCCCAUACAACCACUGACCGCUAUUUGUUCAGGCUAAACCACUAUUCUUUUGGUAUUAUUAAUCAGUGUAUUUUGCAAGUAUUCAUUUUUAUUGCAUUAAGUGCAGCUAUCUUGACAUUGCCAUAUUAUAUCACAUUUCACUUAAUUAAAUGCUAUCCUAUACCAAGAUUAUGACUUUCCAAUAAUGCAAGAAGCAGCCACAUUUACAUUUUGAGAAGAAAUAUUGUCAUAAUUAACCUAACUGACUCAUAUUGACAAUAUUGCAAGAUAAGGAAAGAUCUGGUCAAAUUAGCUACUGCUUUACACACACAAAAUUGUCAUUAUACAUUUUGACAACCUGUUCAUAGCAGCUUUAUCAUAGAAAUAUCAUUUAUUUAUGUGUUACUCUUGCUUUGAAAUAGGAAUAGUUCAAUUCAUGUGGAAUAAGAUUAGGUAUUCUGUAUGAAAGUUUUACAACCUAUUUUUGUAAAUAUGUAUCUUAGUUAAUGACAUUUCUACUUUAUUGUGAAGAUAACUCUUUUGGUAUUUUAAUAAAAAGUUUUCACAGAGAA